CAGCAUUUAAAAAAUAUCUUUGGUACGAAUAUAUUUCAUGCCAGGAAGACUCUUAAUCGUAUGUCUAGUGAUGAUGAUAUCAAUGAAUAUGCAUUCAAGCAGCUCCAAAUCAUCGAUUAUAUUCUUGACACCUUUGAUAACAAGCAGUAUAUUCUGAAUCCCGCUAAGCCUGCGAAACUAACUGAGCGCGAUUACGAAUCAACAAUCUGGGUUCCUCUCUUCGCUAAGCUGUUUAGUAUAAAGAAAAUUCCUUUGGUACGAAUCAAAUCAGGCGAGUCAGUACCAGAAGAAUCAAGCAAGAAAAAGGCUCAACAAUAUGGAAGCGACAAGAAUAUUAUUGGCUUCAAAAUUGACAUAAGACUAAUCCACGAUCACGAAGACUUGGAGAUUGACCUGGCAAGCAUAGAGAUUUCCCACCCCUUCCCGGAUGAUGCCAAAGUCUGUCAUGAUGAGUCCAAGUUGUUGCGCGAGUCUGCGAUUAGUACGGAAACCAUACACCAUCUGCUGCGCCAUGAUUACGUAUACACAUGGAUUAUCAGAGUUAGUGGGUCGACAGCUAUUUUUUCCAAGGUCUUAUAUGAUGAUGAGCGUCAAGUAUAUGUCAACGUCUAUCAAUUUACGUUCAUUUUUCCUACUUGUAUAAGCGAGAUUGAAGAUUUAAAGGAUAGCCUGGAAUUGUUAUUCAAGUUCAAAGAAGAUGUGGAGCGUAUUGCAAUCAAAGUUCAAAAAGAAUUGAAGCAUACACAACGUUCGAUUUAUCGAUCUGAGGACAUUUCCCCGGAAAGAAAGCUCGCCCCAACACCAUCCGUAUACUUCACUACGCCCAGAAACGAGGCACAUCGUUCAGUUUAACCAAUGUAAAGUUUUAUUAAUAAAGGACACUCUUUUUAUUAUUCUAUUAGAACAA